GUUCCAGACCUGAGCCCUUCAUUGGGGGCAUCUGCCCAUCUGAUUGGUCAGAUUGUGCUCUGUGAUCAGUGGCUAUUGCUUUUAACCAAAAAGAACCCUUUGACUUUGGAGUCAGUGAAACAACUCGUUGCAGAAGGCAAUAAAGAGGAACUGCAGAAAUGUUUUGGGGCUCGCAUGGAGUUUGGGACAGCCGGCCUCCGCGCCGCCAUGGGGCCCGGCAUUGCUCGGAUGAACGACCUCACCAUCAUCCAGACCACACAGGGAUUUUGCAGAUACCUGGAAAAGCAAUUCAGCGACCUUAAGCAAAGAGGUGUCGUGAUCAGCUUUGACGCUCGAGCUCACCCGGCAAGUGGAGGCAGCAGCAGAAGAUUCGCCCAGCUUGCUGCAACCACGUUUAUCACUCAGGGGAUUCCUGUGUACCUGUUUUCUGAUAUAACCCCAACCCCUUUUGUGCCCUACACGGUGUUGCAUCUGAAACUUUGUGCUGGACUCAUGAUAACUGCCUCCCACAAUCCCAAGCAGGAUAAUGGAUAUAAGGUCUACUGGGAUAACGGAGCUCAGAUCACCCCCCCUCAUGAUAAAGGGAUUUCUCAGGCGAUUGAGGAGAACCUGGAGCCGUGGCCUCAAGCCUGGGACGGCUCCGUGAUUAACGGCAGUCCGCUUCUUCACGACCCGAGCGCUGCCGUCACGAAGGACUACUACGAGGACCUUCGGAAAUACUGUUUUCACAGGAGUGUGAACAGGGAGACCAAGUUGCAGUUUGUGCACACCUCUGUCCACGGCGUGGGCCACAGCUUCGUGCAGUCGGCUUUCAGGGCUUUUGACUUUGUUCCUCCUGAGGCUGUUCCCGAACAGAAAGAUCCCGAUCCUGAGUUCCCGACAGUGAAAUACCCAAAUCCCGAAGAGGGUAAAGGUGUCUUGACUUUAUCUUUUGCCUUGGCUGACAAAAUCAAGGCCAAAAUCAUUUUAGCAAAUGACCCAGAUGCUGAUAGACUUGCUGUGGCAGAAAAGCAAGACAGUGGGGAAUGGAGAGUGUUUUCAGGCAAUGAGUUGGGGGCCCUCUUGGGCUGGUGGCUCUUUACUUGUUGGAAGGAGAAGAACCGAGAUCCCAGUGCCCUCAGAGACACGUACAUGUUGUCCAGCACCGUCUCUUCCAAAAUCUUGCGGGCCAUUGCCUUAAAGGAGGGUUUUCACUUUGAGGAAACAUUAACUGGCUUUAAGUGGAUGGGAAACCGAGCCAAACAGCUAAUAGACCAGGGGAAAAAUGUCCUAUUUGCAUUCGAAGAAGCUAUCGGAUAUAUGUGCUGCCCUUUUGUUCUGGACAAAGAUGGAGUCAGUGCCGCUGUCAUAAGUGCAGAGUUGGCUAGCUUUCUUGCAACCAAAAAUUUGUCUUUGUCUCAGCAGCUAAAGGCCAUCUAUGUUGAGUAUGGCUACCAUAUUACCAAAGCUUCAUAUUUUAUCUGCCAUGAUCAAGGCACCAUUAAAAAAUUAUUUGAAAAUCUUAGAAACUAUGAUGGGAAGAAUAAUUAUCCAAAAACUUGUGGCAGAUUUGAAGUUUCGGGGAUUAGGGACCUUACCACCGGCUAUGAUGAUGGCCAGCCUGAUAAAAAAGCGGUUCUCCCUACGAGUAAAAGUAGCCAAAUGAUCACCUUUACCUUUGCUAAUGGAUGUGUGGCCACCAUGCGGACCAGCGGGACAGAGCCCAAAAUCAAGUACUACGCAGAACUGUGCGCCCCACCUGGAAACAGUGAUCCUGAGCAGCUGAAGAAGGAACUAAAUGAACUAGUCACUGCUAUUGAAGAACAUUUUUUCCAGCCACAAAAGUAUAACCUGCAGGCAAAAGCAGAGUGAAAUAUUCCAGCCUUGGGCACAAUUACCUUUACCUAUGAUUAAGCUGAACUUGAUUUCUUAACCAUUGUUUGUAAGGGACAAGGGAUUUAAACUGUCACUACAAGUAUUUAUAUUUUCUUAAUAGACCCACAUUCCUCAUUGUCUUAUGUUUGAUCUCUAAUGUAAAUAAAAGAUAGGCAAACCUAACAAACUAACAUUCCUGUUAAAAGGAUAAGACUUGGCAUUAUCAGAAUUUAAAAAAAUGAAGAUUUAAAAAACAUAUUAAUGAAUGUACUUUAAUUACAAUAAAUAACAAAUAUGUUUUUUCUGUAAUUCUUUUUAUGAAUAAUUGAAAUGGCCAGAAAGCCUAUGUAAUUAGUAAAUUCUGGGCUGUCAUAUGUAAGAUGCCCGCAUUUUACAUGUACAGGCAGACUGCGUUUUAUUGCGCUUCGCUCUGUUGACCUUCACAGGUGUUGCGGUUUUUACAAACUGAAGGCAAGACCUUCCACCAGAAAAAAGAUUACAGCUCACUUUAUUCUGGGAGUCUGGAACCGACCUCUCAGUGUCUCUGAGGUGCUCCUGUAUGUAUAUGGAAUGGGCAAGAGUAGGUUUACAGUGGUGUUCAUAUGGAAAAUAAUGCAACAAUGAAUAAAUAAUAGUACAGGAAUAAACUCUGUUUCCCACACUCACAGCUGUAGACCUGCUUUUGCCAACCCCUGUAUUUAUAUUUCUAUCAGGUGCUUAUAGAGCAAAAUAAAUGAGCAGAUCAAAUGUCUUCAUGUUCAGGGAAAGUACAGUUUACAGAAACUGGUAAACAGGAGCAAAAGACACUUUAAAAAGAUAGUGGGUUUUUUUUGUGGUUUUUUUUUUAGUUCUAGGAUAAAACAGCUUACCCAUCAUCUCUUUACAUCUUGAAUCAACCAGUUGGUUAUUUGAAACUUGGAAAGUACUUUAUUGUACCAUCUUUUGCUCCAGCACAAUUUAAUUCUUGUUCCUGAGGCAGCAAGGAUGAUAAAUAACUAUUUACCUGACUUUGCUUUUUUUGCCUUGUUCGUACGUAAUCAAAAUCCAAAGCCAGACUUUUUAAUAAUAGGUUUUCUUUUCCAGGUUUAUUAUUUUAGUCUGUGCCUUCUGCCCUCCUCGUAACUGUUGGCCUCAGAACCUUCCAAAAUGACUCCCAGAGAGUGAGUACUCCUGAGCUAGGACCAAGCUGUUCUUUCUAUACUUUAUGUAUUUUAUGUGACUUUCUAUUUUUAAAGCCAGUGAUCACCGAUUAUUAUUCUUACUAUUAACCUAAAUGGUUAUAAACAGUUUCAGAUAUGAAAAAUUAUAAUAUUGUUGACAAUCAAUUUUCUAAAGUAAAGGAAAAAAAUGUUUUUAUAUCUUAGUGAUACAUAGCUUGUGCCCUACAGUAUUCAAAUAUUCUAUCAGCUGCUUCAUUGUAGAAGCUCUAUUUAUUUUCAUGUUAUAACAUUUUCAAGCCUCAAACUGUACUCUGGAAAAAAAGAAAUGGUAGAUCUGUGUCUUCUCUACGGUUUUUUGAGCAUGUAAAUUGUACCCCAUCACAAGUUUGUUUCUGAAAAUACAGAAGUGAUUGAGAUCCAGUUCUGUUGUAAUGGAGCUCACAGUCUAAUUGGAGGGCUAAUAAAUAACUGUUAUUCUUACAAA